CCACUGAAGAGUAGGGGUUUCUUGCUGGUCGUUCCAUUAGAGGCUUGGAGCAAAGAGAGGCGCUAAAAAAUUUGAUGAAAAGAACAUGAGCUAAAAAGGGAGAAGAACAUGAGCGAACCCGAAAAACGGCAGCAAAAUAAAUAGUCUGGUUGGGAAAAUCUUCAAGAUUGUGGCAAGCAGGAAAACUUUUGCAGGGUUGGGAAGAUCUUCAAGAUUGUGGCAAGUAUGAAAACGAACUCUUCUUGGUUGAUGUUUCAAACCCCUCUCCUCCAAUUCGGUUGAUGACAUGAUUCAUUUUCAUCCAAACAUCGAUCCUUACUCACGUAAACAUAAACUACAUAAACAUCCUUUUCGAAAUCGAACAAAAGAAAUAUACUCGGCCUGUGUGCCAGCAAAGGCCAAAGAAGUGCCUGAGGUAGUUGUAUUUUCAAGUAACGAAAAGAUGCUAGGGGCAGGACACGACAGGCGGACCUUGUCUUGUCCGUCUGAGGGCGUGGACAGGGGGAUGCUGUGGAGGAUAUCGGCGGAUGAUGAUAACGAGCAUAAUGUAACUCAUAGUACGGAGAUGACUCAUCGGAGAAGUACGCGAGAUCUUCUUGCAGCUGUAGGGAGCUGCGCAGCGCAAGCAAAUAGACCAGGCAGCGAACGACGCCUGGGGGAGCGAAAUGGACCGAGUAGAGAUGGGACAGAAUUGAAGGAGGAGAAAGCUUCAUCGUCAACAUCACCACAAGGGUCUAGAAACGCAUCUACUCCAACUCCUUCCACAUCUAGUACAGCAACUCGACGUGUACUAUCAGCUUUUCCAUUUUCAUCCAGUUGUAGCACAGCGUCUUUUCAUUUAGGUGGACCACUUAACGAGUCAAACUCUAGUCAAGCAUCUACGAGAGCCGCAAGUACCACCACGUCUCCGUCUUCUAUGGGGAACACCAACAACUACAAGAGAAAAGGACGACUAGAGAAAAACCCAUUUUCAUCGUCGUCGCAGCAGCACCCAUUUUUACAUCCUAGACGUUUCAUCCUAGACGCUGCUUUGCUGACAUGCUUCGCCUUUUUCGAUCUUUUCGGAGGAUUACUAGUCGCGCAGGCAGCAACUGUUCCUAUCUUAGUGGCUGGACCGGAUUAUCAUCACAAAGCGGACAUCUGCACGCUAGCCACAACGGUUUUCGCAGCCGCACCGAAGAAAUUUGUUCUUUUGGAGAACAAGCCGAGCAGUCUGCUGAAUUUUGUUAUGGCGUGGUCAAUACAUUUAGUUGUAUCCUCGUAGGUAUAGUUUACGCAACGCCGAUGGAGCGGCCGGCUGUAAGCUAAGGUUCUCGCCUUCUAAUUUCCUCAACGCCGAUGUAGCGGCCGGCUGUUAAAGGUGCUUUUGUUACCGUUUGUUAUGGCGCUCCGAAUGGGGACGGCCAUAACAAACAGGAUAAACGAACACCAAAAACCUACCUCUAAAAGUAGGCCGGGAUAUUAUCAUUCGUGUUUGUCCAUGUUCAUCAGUAGAUCUUCUCUCUUCACUUUUUACAUGUCUAGAAGACUUUACAACGGAACCAGGCAGUUACUUGUAGCUCUUCUCUCUUCAGGUAAAUAGAGAGAAUAUCAAGAGACUUGAGCGGCCGAUGGCGUUGGGGUCUCUCUUAAGUUAAAUCACCUUCUAAUUUCCCCAACGCCGAUGUAGCGGCCGGCUGUACACCGACACACGCGCCUAGGCUCAAGCAUUUUGAGUCAGUUUUCAAAUCCCUCACAGCGGAUGAUGACGUAUUUAGUACUGUGUGUACUACUUGUGUCGCUACUUGUUACCAGUACAACAAUCUUAAUGUUUUUUCUAAGUGUGUACUACUUGUUUCGUUUGUUUCCCUUGCGGUCUCAUGAAGCUCGAUGUAAGUAGAAGGAAGUAGUCUGUAGUGGUCUUUUCUACCCCUGGAGUGGGUAGUACACUCAUUCAUUCACAUUUGGCCUUUUUUGUCACAAGCUCCUACCGCAAACCCAAACCCAUGAUAUUGCAGGUAGUCCUUUUUCUGGUCGGCCUUGGUGGAUAUCGUCUAUUCACCUUUCCGACAGCGGACGGAGACGGUGCUAGUUGGAAGAGUUGGGACUUGAGGAAGCAAUUGACCAGACAAGACCUCUACGACACUAUUCAUGAAAGCUCGUUCAAGAGUUUGGUACUUGUUCUAACUUAACGUGGGUUUAUGUAUUGUAAAUGAUGCUCUCCUCAUCCACUUACAAUGAAUAUAAGUUUAGUUGUACUGAUUUUAGAUUUGCUUGUAGAGUAAAAUUUUAUCGACCAUCCAAAUCCAUCCCUCCCUUUGCCUUACGUAUUGUCCUUUGUAUAAAUUGGAAUUUCAAUACCUUCGAAUCUUUCCUUUAGCUCAUCUACGCUGACUGGGCUGACGCGGGUACGAUGUUCCGAGACAGUUUUUUGCCGUCUAACGCGGUGGCUCUGACAGUCGGAAGCGCGCGUGUGUCCCAGUGUUUCCAUGCGAAUGCUCCUCUAGUAUGCAAAAGCAACGUUUUCACGCAGGCUGUGAUGGCGACACAUGGUGCUUGAUGUUAAUGAUGUGGAAUUUAGUGGGUAGAAUGCAGUCAUAUUUGAUGUACUACAGUUCUUGCAAUGUAGGAUUCAUGUGUUCCACAAAAAGAUUCUCAACUUUUCCUCCCAGGUGCUACUUUGAAAGCCCAGGCGCGAGCUCUUAUUGCCAACUUCGAGGACCUGGAGGUCCAUAACACAGCUAGCACGGUAAUGAAAAAUCCUGUUCUAGCCAAAGUCGUGGAUCUGUCAACAUCCUCUAGUCUAUUUGUCCUUGUAGCAGGUAAAUUAUAUUUCAUGGUCAACAAGUACUUCUUUAGGGCACGUAGGUGAUUUCAGAUCGUUUUUUCUCAAAGUUUUUUCUCAAAGUUUGAUUUUUUCUCAAAGUUUUUUCGUUCCUUCCAAUUCUUCUCCACCCACCACCGACAAACCUCUCUCCCGUCUCAUCUUCAGCUCUACACCGCAGCACUUCCCUAUGCAGCCUACACUGCGUAUGGCACCGUCCAAACGGAGAAAGAGAUGUGCGACGCCAACUCAGUGGACCUCUGUCGAUUUUAUCAUACGAGUCGGAGCACGCUACCGACGCUGCAAGGAUCCUUAGUACCAGUCACAGCCUCACGAUCACAGGAAGAUAAUUUGUACUACUUACUUGAGAUUAGUACCAGUCACAGCCUCACGAUCAAGGGAAGAUAAUUUGUACUACGACUUACUUGAGAUGAUUUAGUACCAGUCACAGCCUCACGAUCAAGGGAAGAUAAUUCGUACUACUUACUUGAGAUUAGUACCAGUCACAGCCUCACGAUCACAGGAAGAUAAUUUGUACUACUUACUUGAGAUGAUUUUACUCGUCUGUUUCUAUUCUUUGUUAGCUUAGUGAAGUAUUUAUUUCUUUUCUAAAAGGUUUACGUUUAUUUCUUUGUCAACUGCCUGCAAGAUGGCAAGUUUUAAUACUUGCAACGAACUCUUGGAAUUUACCCAGCCACCACAUCAAUCCAUAUCCUAAAAGGUUUACGUUUAAUAUUUCUUUAUCAACAUCCAGUUUCAUCAAAGUGACGAACUGCAACGAAUUCCAUGUGGAGGAUGGAGAGGGAGCGCCAUUGAAGACCAUGGAGGAAAAGCUGAAAUGCUUACGUGGCUUAGUAGAAGCCGACACCGUACCUGUCCACGACGACCUAAAGCCUUGGGACUACGAGUCGUGCGGAAAGGAGGCGCUGAAUGUCGUGUACUUGUUAAAUUUUUGUUCGAUUUUUUCUUUCGAGGACCUCUUCACCAAUAUUACCGAUUACUUGGCACUACCCAGUCUUCUUACAGCUACCUACAAUAGGUUCUUCAGAGGGUGGUCCUAUUACUUGCUUCUCCCCGAACGAAAAACUGAAUCCCCCAACUACAUGAUUGUCCUUCAUAAAAUUCUCAGUCUCACGAAACAGCUCUUCUCCUGAGUGCUGUGCAGUCAACCUAUGGAGGACUCUUCAAUUCUAUAUCCAUACUUGUUCUCCUCAGUGCAAUCUGUGGUACAUGGGGACACUAUACGUCGAGAUUUGCCAAAGUGCUAUGGAAUCUCUGCGGCCGGGAGGAUUGGAGCAGUCAUCGAGUGGUGUCUGCUUUGGAUUAUGGCUAUAAAACAAGAGGACCAUUUUCUUGAUAGACCCAGAGACGUGAUCAAGUGAUGAAGUUGAAGGAUAGACCCAGAGACGUGAUGAAGUUGAAGAUUGUAGUCUGUAUCUAUGAAGCAAUGUAAUCACUAGAGACGGUAUAAGAAUACCUUUGCAGCUCACAACUUAUCUUGAUACGUUGAGUAACGACCAUAACUUUUGUUCUUUUAUUGGGUUUUGUUUUUUCUAGUUAGGUCUGCUCCACCAACACUAUUACUAGAGACAAUUGUGAUCAAAAACCUUCCUCCAACGGAUGCUAGCCUACGAGGAUGA